AUCAACAGUGAAGGAGAAGACUCUUGAGAAGCCUUCGCCUUCGCCUACGACGCACUCGCAGAGGCAUCGUUACCAACCACAGCAGUCUGGCUGUACUACAGCAGCAGUACCCAUACUACUGUGCCACGACUAAGCACAGCAACACCACCGACAACUGAAGACCACCACCAACAUCUCACUCACGAGUGGCUCAAGUGCUCGGCUCAAUGACGCCUCUGGACCCAGAGGCAGCGCCUUCGGAGGCGGCAGCGGGAGACCGCACUUCGGAAACACCAUCAUCACCCACACGCGCCCCGCCGGUCACGACAUGCAGCUUCUGCUCGGAGCAGUUCCCCACGAGGAGUGCGAUGUUCCGCCACCUCGAGAGGCCCUGCGCGACCUGCCCGGCCCCUCGCGAAGACUACGGCGAAAAGGUCCUCCUCGUCGUAGGGUACGACUCCCGUCUCAUGGCGGGCAAAGGAGACGAGGGAGCGGUAACGCCAACAACAUCGGAUAUGCCGGCGCGGCCGGUAGGGACGAGUAGUGGGACUGCCGUUGUGGGGGGAGCAAGCGCAGCAAACUUCGUGCUGAAGGCCAUGGGCAUCGAGGUGGAGAAGCGGAGGGAUGCAAGCGGCGAGGGCGGAAGUAGCUCCCAGCAGCAGUCCUACUGUAGUCGACCGGGGGGCUUCAGUCAAGCCUCGUCAGUGGGUUCCCGCACGUGCCCUCUACUUGCCCAGGAGGAGGAGGUCAGCGCUACAGCUGAUACCAUCUGCCUCAAGGCACCGACGACGGUACCCCUGGAGGGUAUACGAAAGUGGCUCGAUGACACCAACGCUGCCCUCGACAACAGCGACGGGAACGCGAGGGGAGCGAUUCGGCUCCUGGGGCGGAUGGCUGUGCCUUCGACGUUCCACGCGGAGAUCCAUGCAAAGAGACGGCGGUACGAGUACCUCCUGCCGGCCUGGAUGCUCGACGAGACGGCGGAGGGCCCUUGGGAAGGGCCACCCCGGGGACAGGAGAACCUCAUCCCCCUGCUGAGACGCCUCCGAGCGCGGGGUCUCAGGCCGUUCGGACACUGCAACGGCGAACACGACGGCACGCGGCGGCGGUGUCCCCUUUGGCACAACUUCAGCGCGAGCGCGCUGCCCCACAGCCCGUCCUCCCUGCGCCGCCUUUACCGCUUCUACGCGAUGGAGGUAAUCCAAUCAUCAUCGUCAUCAUCGCAAGGAGGCGACGCAGGCGCCGGUGGCAUGGACUACGUCUGCCUCUCUAUCAACGGCGACGCAUUUAUGAGCCAGCAGGUUAGGGGCAUGGUAGCCCUCGCCGUGGCCGGGGCGAGGGGCCUCAUCUCAGCCAAGGGCAUCGCGGCCACGAUCGACCCGACGCGGCAAGAAGACCUCCUACCGGUCCCCCUGGCCCCCGCCGCCCCGUGCUCGCUCGCAGAGGUUGGUUACUCGGGCUGGCAGAUGAGGCUUGGCGUCGGAGGGCAAGGCGUCUGCAUGUCGCCGGGCGCGGAGCAGCGGGGUUGCCGCCCCUUGGAGGGUUGGAGCGACGAGGUUUCGAGGUCUGAGGGCGCCAGGUUUCGGCGCCAGGUCCUCGACAGCGCGGCGAGGUGGUGGGAGGAGCGGGGCGGCGGGGUGGGCUGGCUGAGGGACGUUCUCCAGCCGGGCGCCGUCAAGCUUGGGCGGGAAGUCCAGGCCUCCGACAUACGAGCAGGGGGCCUGGAGGAGGAUAAAAGUAGUGAAGGUAGGGGGGAGGAGGACGGUUGUCGAGGGAGGAGCGGCCCGAGAGACGAGUCGCGCAGGGGCGCAAGCGCGGACGGGACGCCGUUGUCCGCCGAGGAGCUCUCGUCGCUCGAGGAGGCGCCCGCUCUCUACGCCAAGGUUUUGGGCCUGCUGAGAGAAGCCAGCGCCUCGGGGCAGUGGCCCACGAGCACGGCAUCGCGAAGCUUGGUCAUCUUCGGGGAGAGGGGCGACAGAGCAGACGAGGUGUGCUCCAGUACUGGGCGCAGCAAGCAGACUGAUUUGGCGGGCUGCGAAAACGGCUGUGGUUCCGACAACACGGCACCAGCAGAGGAAGCACCACCGGCGAUGGCGAGAACCGUUGGCGAGGAGAAAGCCUCCACGGCAACGAAACCCGACGGGCAACAAGAGCAGGAAGAUCGGCAACGCGGCGGCGGGUCUGGGUCAUUCACCCUCGGCGCCUUCCCGCCGCCCUGCCCACCCCCGCGCUGCAACCGCCUGUUCACGGAGCUUGCGAGAGCGGCGUUCGAGCUAGAGGCGGCCUUGCUUCCCGAACGACCCCCGUCAACCACGAUCGCCGUCAACAGGAAUGCCAGGUUCAAGCCGCAUGUGGACAGCGGGAGUGGGGCCGGUCAGAGCAGGAGCCUGAUCGUCGGGCUAGGUGACUACGUCCGCGGGGAGCUGGUGGUGGAAGGGGAGGAGGCGGACAUCCGGUACCGCCCGCUGGAGUUCAACGGGUGGACGCAGAGGCACUGGACGAGGCCCUUCUCCGGCGAGAGAUACUCGCUGGUUUGGUUCACGCCGAAAGGCUGCGAGGGGAUAUCCGGCGACGCGAGGUUUUCGUCGGCUGCAGAUGAUGAUGCCGGGGGUGGGGAAGGAGGGAGCGGUGACGAGGGAGGCGAAGUUAGACCAAGUCGAUGAUGCGCUAUGUUGGCUUCACCGGGGUUUUGUUGAGUUACUCGCGGAGCUCAGUGUUGUUCUGUGUUGGCUAGUCCGAGUGUAAUCAUGGAUUUUGGGGUUCGUUGUGAUGCAGAGUGGCUUCGCCCGAUGACGGGCAACUUGUUGGGAACAGCCCUGGUUGUUUCGGCGUUUGCUGGGCAGGCAAACAGAAAAGCGUUUGGUGGAUGUUUUGAAGAACGAACUGUUUGAUGGCGGAGGUAAAUAGCUGCGAGAGAGGGAAGGCCGUGCUUCCCCUCGAAGCACUUGACCGUCGCAGAAGCGACAGUCAGUCUACCGGGGUAGCCACAAGCCGGCGGUUUGAAGAACGAACAUGACUCUUCUACAUGGGUUGACGUUGGCACAUAGCACUACGCCAUGCACUCGGCUCUGCGA